AUAUAUUUCCAGUAAUGCAACACGUAAGGAAUUGUGGCGAACAGAUCUUCAUCAUUUCUAGAAAAGGAGGAACUCUAUUGGCCAUCAACGAUUUCAUAUAUCGUUCGAAUUUAAAACGUUUUGGUGUUAAUUCCGAUAAAGUGUACUGGGAGUGCAUACACAAUCGGUCAAAGAAAUGUCGUAGUCGUUUAAAGACUAUUGGAGAUGAUCUAUAUGUUACCAAUGAUGUUCACAAUCAUGCAGGCGAUCGUCAGCGCAUAGAAUUAGCUAACAAAUCGGGAAUAUUAAUAAGGAAAAAAUUUAGUGCAAUAGGUUUACCGGCCUAUAACAGUAAUACUAAUAAUAAACCAUUAUGUUAA